AUGGCGGCCAAGGAGGUGGACGAGACGAAGCAGACGGACGGGGACAGGUGGAAGGGCCUGGCCUUCGACAUCUCGGACGACCAGCAGGACAUCACCAGGGGCAAGGGCAUGAUCGACUCCCUCUUCCAGGCGCCCAUGGGGGACGGCACCCACGUCGCCGUGCUCAGCUCCUACGACUACAUCAGCCAGGGCCAAAAGACUUACAGCAUGGACAACACCAUGGAUGGCUUCUACAUAGCCAGGGGCUUCAUGGACAAGCUCGUCGUCCACCUCUCCAAGAACUUCAUGAAGCUGCCGAACAUCAAGGUUCCCCUGAUCCUGGGUAUCUGGGGAGGCAAAGGUCAGGGGAAAUCCUUCCAAUGCGAGCUUGUCUUCGCCAAGAUGGGCAUCAUCCCCAUCAUGAUGAGCGCCGGAGAGCUGGAGAGCGGCAACGCUGGAGAGCCCGCCAAGCUCAUCAGGCAGCGGUACCGUGAGGCCGCCGAUCUCAUCUCCAAGGGCAAGAUGUCCUGCCUCUUCAUCAACGAUCUCGACGCCGGCGCGGGUCGCAUGGGCGGCACCACCCAGUACACGGUGAACAACCAGAUGGUGAACGCCACCCUGAUGAACAUCGCCGACAACCCCACCAACGUGCAGCUCCCGGGGAUGUACAACAAGGUGGACAACGCCCGGGUGCCCAUCAUCGUCACCGGCAACGACUUCUCCACUCUGUACGCGCCACUCAUCCGCGACGGCCGUAUGGAGAAGUUCUACUGGGCGCCCACCCGCGAGGACCGCAUCGGCGUGUGCAAGGGCAUCUUCCGCACCGACGGCGUCGACGAGGAGCACGUCGUCCAGCUGGUCGACACCUUCCCGGGCCAGUCCAUCGACUUCUUCGGCGCCCUGCGUGCCCGGGUGUACGACGACGAGGUGCGCCGGUGGGUGGCCGAGACCGGCGUCGAGAACAUCGCCAAGAAGCUCGUCAACUCCAAGGACGGGCCGCCGACGUUCGAGCAGCCCAAGAUGACGAUCGAGAAGCUCUUGGAGUACGGCCACAUGCUGGUGGCGGAGCAGGAGAACGUCAAGCGUGUGCAGCUUGCUGACAAGUACCUCAACGAGGCUGCUCUUGGUGCAGCCAACGAGGACGCCAUGAAGACUGGCAACUUCUUCAAGUAG